ACUUGUGGAGGCUACUUACACUGUGUGAAAUUACGUUAAAGCAACAUUGCAAUCGUUCAUAGUGAAAUUUAUAAGAGGUAUUUGAAGUGUAGUAGGCCAAUAAUGUUUACAGCCCAAUCUACCUUUGCAUUGUGUAAAUUAUGACUCAUCUUGAGUAAUCUGACAUAACACUGGAGGCUUUUAUGGUUCGGGCUGGUAAAAGACUCGCAUAUUGUCUAAGCUUUACGGUAGCAUUUUAAAAAGGGGAAAUUCAGAAAGCUUCAGCCAGUCGGGAAAGCUGGACGGAGAUGAAGUGAUGCCUCUACGUCUUUCAGUACACUGAGUAGACUAUGUGAAGGGUGGACUGCGGACUGGACGUCCAGAGACCCACGUCCCACGUCCCUCACGUACGACACUGUGUCUGCAGCGUUGUUCACUUCACCAAGUAUCCUCGAGAAUGGGAUUAAAUUCUCCGUAACGUGAAUAUUUUAUCUAGCUUUAAUCGCGAAUCGUGUCGUCUGAACUGUUUGUUGCGGUGUCUGUGUGUGGUUGGCGGCUGCGCUGUAACUUGAAAUCGUGAGCAGCGUUAUUCGCCAGUCUUGGAUAUUCAAUGAAGCACGCUUGCAGAUUCAACAUCGCUGCAAGCCUCGGGAGGUCCUGCGUGCUCAGUUGGUCUUAAAGGAGCCGUCAAAGCAGCAGGCAAGGGUAAAAUGACUAUGUCCGUCCCAGAGAACAUAUCGGGGUCCGGGGGAAAAGAGGAGGAGAGUGAAGAUGAGAGUGAAAUCCUGGAGGAAAGCCCCUGCGGCCGCUGGCAGAAACGACGAGAGCAGGUCAGUCAGGGAAAUGUCCCAGGCAUCGAGAGUGCGUACUUGGCUAUGGACACCGAAGAGGGGGUGGAGGUGGUGUGGAACGAAGUACAGUUUUCAGACAAGAAGGUUUUCAAGUCCUUUGAGGAGCGGAUAAGAGAGAUGUUUGAGAACCUGAUGCAGGUGGAGCAUCCCAACAUUGUGAAGUUUCACAAGUAUUGGCUGGAUAUGAGGGAAAGCAGAGCGAGGGUGAUUUUUAUCACAGAAUAUAUGUCAUCUGGAAGUCUCAAGCAGUUUCUGAAGAAGACCAAGAAGAACCAUAAAACUAUGAAUGUAAAGGCUUGGAAGCGGUGGUGCACGCAGAUACUCUCUGCCCUCAGUUAUUUACACUCAUGUGAUCCUCCCAUCAUCCAUGGGAACCUGACCUGUGACACCAUCUUUAUCCAGCACAACGGCCUCAUAAAGAUUGGUUCAGUGUGGCACAGGCUGUUUGUUAACGUAUUUGCUGAGGCGAUUCAUGGGAAUGUGCAUCAGCAUCGAGAUGAAGUGCGGAACCAGCAUUUCUUUGCACCAGAGUAUGGCAUUGCUGAAGAUAACUACGCAAUUGAUAUAUUUUCAUUCGGUAUCUGUGGCUUGGAGAUGGCAGUGUUGGAAAUCCAGGCCAAUGGAGACACUGCUGUUGCGAAAGAGGCCAUUGAUUAUGCUGGACAGUCACUUGAAGACCCUCUAAUGAGGGAAUUUAUUCAGUCAUGUGUACGCACAGAAGCCAAAUCACGGCCUACCGCUCACGAUCUGCUCUUCCACCGGGUGUUAUUUGAGGUGCACUCCUUAAAGCUGCUUGCUGCGCACUGCUUUAUCAAUAACCAGUAUCUUCUCCCUGAGAACUGCGUGGAAGAGAAGACAAAAUCUUAUGACCCCAAUGGCAUCAUGGCAGAGAUUAAUCAUCGCAAUCGACCUGGAGUUCAUCUAAAAUACUCUCACGUCUCUCCUCUGGAGCUGGACAAAUUCCUUGAGGAUGUGAAGAACGGUAUAUAUCCCCUGAUGAACUUUGCUUCCCAGCGGCCACAUCCUAUCCCCCGCGCUCUUUCUCUGUCACAGGAACAGAUGGAGACUGUGAAGACCCCAACGCCAGAGCCACAAGAGACCGAAACCAGAAAGGUUGUCCAGAUCCACUGUAAUUUGGAAGCAACUGAGGAAGGCACAAGGAGUCAUCUCUCUCUGUUUUUAAAGAUGGAUGACAGGCUUCACCGCCAGCUUAGCUGUGAUGUUUUGCCAUCUGACAGUCCCAAAGAUUUGGCUAGUGAGUUGGUUCACCAUGCUUUCAUAAGCGAGGAAGACUGUGAGAAGCUGGCAUGUUUUCUUGAGGAUGCGUUAUGUAAGCACUGGUCGGGGACAUCCACCUCCCCUACUGCCAUGGCUGUGAUGUACUAAAGCCCAGCUGGUAUAAUAAUAGACAAACAAAGCUUGAAGUUUGGGUCAGAGAUCUAGUCUGACAGGAGGGAAAUGUGACCAAAAGCACACCAUUAUAUAAUGAAGGUCAUGACAAGAUGGCUUUAAAGUGAGCAGCGGGCCUGGAAAAAAAAGAAGCUUGCACCACACCGCAUGGUACCUGCACAAACUCCAAAGAGCUGUUAACCUGGAUCUUGAAGUUCAAAUUUCUGCUGUCAUCUCACCAUGACAAAGAAAUGCAUUUUCCAACAUUACAUUUCCUCUUUCAGUGCCAGCAUUUUGGGUUGUGAAUUAUUAUUAUUAUUAUUUUGUUCUUUCAAGAAUUUUAAAAACAUCCCUUCAGGUCGUCAUGCUUAUGGCUUCAUCCAGGCUCAUCUAGCAAAGGACAGAAUCUCACAAAAUGAAUGACAGAGUUUUGACAGAGGCUAAAUGUAUAAGAAAUGAUUGCUGCUUCCAUCAGGCAAUAUGACUGGAUCAUUUGUUCCAGACUUAAAUGUAUUAUUAUUUAUUCUUUUAAAACUUGAUUACAUGGUCUUGCUUUACAUGUUGUAAGUUUCAAGCAAGAAAAUGUAUCAAAAUAUUUAGUUCUACUUUUUUUUAGAUUAUCUUUUGUAUGUUUUAACAAGCUGGCUUUGAGCAAACGAAUGUAUGAUACUAUGACAAAAGUGCUCUUGGUGCCCGGUAAACUAAUAGAUCUCUACUUCAACUAUUUGUAAGACCUUACAUUUUUAAAUGAUGUCUUGCUCUUAAUCUUACAGAGUUUAAAAUGUCUCUACAGUGAAGCUAUGUUGAUCUCAAAUGUUUGUUUUUCAUACAGAUGCUAAUGAACUUUGCAUUAUGUUUGUAAACCAUGGCAAUAGCCAUAUCCUAGAAUGGUUUAGCUCACUAACAUUUGGAGUCAGUAUGAUUUUCUUUUUUAAGUGAGACUUUUAUCCAACAAAGACUUAUUAGAUUGAUCAAAACUGAUAUUAUGGACUUAGAUUUGUAAAACGAAUCAUAUUUCCAAAUGCUGUUCUUAUGAACGUUCUAUUAAUGCUUAAAAUAUCAUGGUUUUCACAAAGAGACACUCAGAAAUAAAGGUACAAAAUCUGUCACUGGGGCAGUACCUUUUCAAAAGGUACAUUUUUGUUCCUACACUCAAAAUAUACAGGCUGGGCCAUUUAUAUGGAUACACCUUAUAAAACUUAUUGGGAAUUUCACAAGAAAAACAAUGAUGUGCUUGGUUUUAACGUUACUUUAUUCUUUCAUGAGUUAUUUACAAGCCCCUUCACAUAUACUAAUAUGCCUCAAACAUGACAUUAAUAUCACCAGCCAUUCCCAUUUUAUUAAGCUGUAUCAUUUUUAAAUUCAUUGGGACAACUUUAUUAUUUAUGAACAAUCAACAAAUUUGUUAAAAGUUUUAAGCUAAACUUAGUUGAUUUGUGUUGGGUCAGCAUGAAUGAAUUAUGUGGAAAUCUGCAUUAUUUACAGUGUAAUAGUUCCUUAAAGGUACAUUUUAAUACCCCAAAAGUUCAAAUGUGUAUCUUUUAUUAACUUGAAGGUACAAAAGUGUAACCCAAAGGUACUAGUAUCCACCUCUAUGGUACAAAAGUCUACCUUUUGAAAUAGUACCACCCCAGUGACAGAUUUUAUACCUUUAUAUCUGAGUGCAUAUAGAGCAACUUAACUUUUUUAUCAAUGAUUCUAGGUAGAAACACUUCUUGAGCACCAAAUAGGAAUUUUUUGAGUGUGAAAUCAGUUAAUUCAGUGUUAAUUCAGCAAAAUCAACGACUUUUUAACAGCUAUUUUGAAUUCUAACAAAAUUCCUGAAUAUCACUUCAAGUAAAUGCAAUCUAAAAGAUUUUGCUUAGACUUUUUUAUAUUUAACAUCAUACUUAUGUCAAGUGUACACAAAUGUUCGAUCUGAUAUUUGCUCAGUUUUAAUUAAUAAAGCAUCUGGUUUUUAUUUUAUGAAGAAACUGAUUCUAAUUACUAGCUUUCCAAAUCAGAUAUUUUUAACUAAAGCAACUUGAUGCAAACAAUUAAUCAUGGUCAGUGUACCAGUGUGGACAUGAUUGACAUGAGAUGUUUUUAAUUGCCUUUUUAAUGUGAAUAUGAGCUGGUCCUAAAUAGGCUGACUGCUCAAAGGUGUUUAACACAGUAUAUGGGCCAAGUUUGCUUUUCUUUGUCUUUUACACUGCAUACAAUAAACUGAUCGUUGACUGACUUAGAAGAAGCAAGGUUUACUUUAAUAAAUCCCUCAUUUGGGUGUGAAGGGCUGUCUGACAUCUACCACAGUAUGCGCACAUUUUUAUGUCAUGCACAAUAUGAUUCAUACACUACAUUGUAUGUAUUCUGCGUAUGAGAACUUGAACUGUGUCAAGGCCAAAGAUGUACUGGGUGCAGCGCUGGCAAGUGUGGAUACUAUAUAGCAAAUAUAACAUCUUGUUGUUGAUCAACGCUGUUUUAGAUUGCAUAAUUACAACAGUGUUCGUUCUGUGAAACCAUCCAUAUUGCCAUUGCCUUCCGAAGCAAUAGUAUCAAUUUUAGAGAUGCUUUCAGUACUGUACUCUAAUGGCUUUGACUUCCCAGCAUCUCUUGGCUUCAGAAUAUAUGUGCAUGUCAGAAAACGAAUGCUUGGAAUUAUAUAUUUUUAUGUUAUAUUGGCAUGGUUUUGCGAUGGAUGUAUUGCAGCUUUUUUUAACUAUUAAAAGAGAUAUAUUAUCUCCAUUCAUUCUUACAGAUUCAAAUGAUUGACAUGAAAAAGCAGUUCAUCUUCCCAGUGUUAUUAUGAGACUCAAAUGUCUUGCAAUGUAAUGUAUGUAUGCGUAUGUAUGUAUGUUUGUUUGUAGAUACAAGAGAUGAAUGUACAGUGAGAUGUUAAAAUAUACUCUUCCUAAUUCCUGGUGUCCUUUCUCAUCUGAAUGAAUAUGACCUUUGCUUUGGGCAGUUUUACUUUAUUUUAUUAUAUUUUUAUUGUGUUGAAACUGUAUACUGUGACAUGAAAUACUAUAACAUUAAAAUAUAUAAUGAAUACUUUAA